AGAGGGCGCCACGAGCCAGAGACGCCGCGAGGAAGAGGAGCUGUCGCGCUCUGCCGCUGCUCAGCCACCGUCGAGCUAGGUUCACCGUCGCGCCUCGCUGCCGCCCCCAUCACCACGCGUUGCCGUCGAGCUCGAAGAAGAGAAGAAGCUAUGUCCCAAACCGCUGCCGUUUGAGGAACUGGGCUCUGUCGCCGUUUUGCCGCUGUCCGGGCUGCAGGGGAGGACAAGAGACAGGGUCGUGUGGAGGGUGGUCACCGCGAAGCGGCUGCUGUUCUUGCUAUUUCUUGUCGCCGUUCUGUCGCCCGGGAUCCACUGCGCUCUGUUUCUACGUUUUCCCUUUGUUACAGAUCAAUUCCUGGUUGUUGCAUGUCGCUUUUGGGAUUGCCGCCGUUGCUGCGAGGGUGGAAUGGACUGUGAUUGUGACUGUUGAGGGUAUAGGCCGAGAGAAAACGGAGUUUGUCGCGUAGUUAAGUCGCGAACGAGGCAAAACCUUAUUGAGAAGCGAAGAGAAAGAGAACCGUAAGUAACAUGCCGAAUUGCAAUGACAAACAACAGAAGAUGUGGCCUUCUCAAACUUGUUUCUCUUCGUAAUGCUUCUCACUCUUUCUCAAAUGCAAAACCUGACUCCCAUUUGGCAGCAACAUUAACUGCUAAGAAGAGUGUUUCUGGGUUUCACACUAACAUUGAUGAUGCUGUUGCCUUUUUCAUUCGCCUCAUCAAUGAGCACCGCACUCCAUCUCAACUCGAACUUGGUAAGAUUUUGAUGUCUGUUGUUAACAUGAAAGAAUACCCCACUGUUAUUUUUCUUUUUGCACAAAUGGAGUUUAGGGGUAUCUCUCCUUCCAUGAUUAGUCUGAGCUUAUUGAUCAAUUGUUUUUGCCGUUUGGGUCAAAUGAACUCUGCUUUCUCUGCAUUGGCCAAGAUUAUCAAGAUGGGUCAUGAAUUGAAUGUUAUAACACUGACCACACUCAUCAAAGGGUUCUGUAUAAACGGCAAGGUUAGGGAAGCCCUACGGUUUCAUGACAAGCUAAUAUCUCUAGGUUUUCAGUUUGAUGAGGUUAGUUAUGGGACCUUAAUUAGUGGUCUAUGUAAAAUGGGGCAAGCAAGAGCCGCCAUGGAGCUUUUGCAAAAGCUAGAGAGUUAUACAGUUAAGCCUAACAUAGUGAUGUACAGAACAAUUAUCGAUGGAUUGCGUAAAGAUGGUCUUGUAAAUGAGGCACAAAAUUUGUUCUCAGAGAUGAUUUCUCGAGGAAUUUAUCCUGAUGUUGUCUCAUACAAUUCUCUGAUGCAUGGUUUGUGUUGCACCAGUCGUUUAAAAGAAGCAACUCAAUUGUUGAAUGAUAUGGUUGUUAAAGACAUUAACCCAGAUGUAUGUACCUAUAACAUUCUAGUCAAUGCAUUAUGUAAAGAACGAAGAAUAAUAGAAGCCAAACAAGUGUUUGAUAUGUUGAUGGACAUAGGAAUCAAGCCUGAUGUAGUCACAUACAAUGCAUUAAUAUAUGGAUACAUUUUAACUGGCAAAGUGGAUGAAGCAGCAAGUUUAUUUGGUGAUAUGAAGAAAAUUGGUCUGGCUCCUUGUGUCUGGAGUUAUAGUAUUAUGAUAAAUGGAUAUUGUAAACACAAACGAUUGAAUGAAGCUGUAACACUCUUUAAGGAGAUGCCCCAGAGAAAUUUGGUUCCAAGUACUGUAACAUAUAAUUCUCUUAUUGAUGGCUUUUGCAAAUCAGGGAGAAUACCUGAUGUGCAAAAUCUUCUUGAGGAUAUGUAUGCUAGAGGCCAACCCCCAAAUAUUAUUACUUACAAUAUCUUAUUAGACAGUUUGUGUAAAGGUAGUCAUCUUGAUGCUGCAAUUGAAUUAUUUCAGAAAAUUUUUGGCAAGGGGGGUUGGUCCUUAUGCCAUACACCAUACUGAUCGAUGGAUUCUAUAAUCACGGGAGACAUAAAACUGCUGAAGAGGUUUUCAACCUUCUCCAUAAUAAAGGUUGGCGAGAUGUCAAAGCAAUUGAUGCUAUGAUCAAUGGGCUGUGUAAGGACUAAGGAGGGCUUGUUCGACAAAGCAACAAGCUUGCUAUCAAAUGGAUGGCAAUGGUUGUGCUCUAGAUGAUAUAACUGCUUUUGCAAUUGUUCAUGCCCUUGAGAAAAAUGAAAAAGAAAAAGCAGAGAAGCUUCUUUGUAAAAUGAUCUUUAGAGGCCUGUUGAAGCGAUAAAAGAAGGUAGGAUUUGGGGAAGCAGCAAGUAUGUUUUUCCUUGCUUUGAAGUAUGUGAAUCUCCUUUGAUCACCACUGUCUCAAAUGCUCUUUAUUCAUCGAACAUCAUGCCUCGAAAUGCAAAAUCAUGCAGGUGAUAAACUGAGCUGACGGCAUCAUCUGGUGGACGCGUAUUGAUGUUGGGGGUGAAUGCGCAGACAAAAGUCCGUCCGCUGCAGGGAUUGCAUAGAGGGAUUUAGGUGAGUUGGGAUAAUCAUGUAGGUCAUAAGUUUAUAUUAAAUUAUUAAUGAUAGUUAUGUUUUUUUAUUGGAUUUUUUUGUAGGUCAAUGGAUAUUUUUUGUUGUAAUGGUGGGCUUGGGAUUUUUUAAGGGUUAUUUUUGUAUUGUGUAUGGCCUAACGAAGGAGAAACAGGUUUUUGAAAAUAUUCAGUUUGAGAGAGAGAAAAUUAGCAUGUUGAUAUUAGGCUUAUUUAAUUGGACCAUGUAAUAUGGGAAAAGAAA